AUGGCUCCCAUCAUGGAAGGCACACACACCGUCCUCCGUCUCUACAAACCUAUCCUGGAGACCAGCCACAUCAGCCUGUACUUCCCCACAGGGAGGGUCCGGGGCUUUACAUACAGUAGCCGCACCCCUUGUGGUGUCCGGCCCCUGUCCGAUUAUUACCGUGACCAGAGGGAUGAAGUUCCUGCUAGGGCAAAACAAAGGGGCCAGUCUUGCAAGUCAGCAGGCGAACUCCUCAAAUCAUGUGAAGCAACAAAAGAAGCCAUUUCGGAGCUCCGCUGGCUUGCUGCGGAACACCAUCAGCUCUUGGCCGACAUCCUCUCUCUGUGUGGAGAUUGUGCCGCCAGGAUCAGGAUGGGAAAUCAGGACGGUAAGCUCCAGGAAGAGUUGGAGGGAAACCCAUCUCUUGCCAUGAGCACCAGCAACCUGCAACAUGCCUUGGCUGUGUCUCCAGAGCGUAAACGAGCAAUCUCACGCGCUAGGAAACUUAAGAAGCUCGGUGCAAAGAAGCUGGACAGUGCUGAGGAGUUCCUACAGAGCAAGAUGAAGAGGAAAGCAGACAAGGUUGCUGCUUCACAGGGUGUUCACACUGACUCAGGGGUGGCAGCCUUUGAGGAGCCAAAGACAACUGGGACCUCAGCUUCCACCCCAUUCUCGGGCUCUUGUGUCAGACCAGCAAGUGAAGCCAUUCUUCCCGUGAAGGAGCACUUCCACACUGCCCAGGGGGGCUGGGACUUCAUGGAUGACUCUUGUGCCCUCGAGGCCGACGGGGAUCUAUGCGCUGAAUUCUCUGAACAUGACAGUGAACUCUUGCUUGGGUACGGAGCGUCCUGCAGCUUUCUGGAGGAGGUGCAAGACCAUAUUCAGCGAGAACAGAUGAUCUGUGGAGAUAAUGUACGUCGCGCUGGGAGCAGCAGGUUUUCAGAGCUGUCCAUAUCCCAGGAGAAAUUUGGAGGAAAAUCUGCACUUCAGCUUUAUGAUGAAAUAAACCGAAGGGAUGCCAGGGUUAAGGUGCCAACCGAUGUACAUGAUGGGAUGGGGGCGGCGCAACAGGUGGGUCGUUCAAAUUCAGAGGGGUUGGGAGAGAUCUCGGAUGGCGUCAUGGCAACUGUACCUCACUCUUCCAAGGACACCCUAGCCACUGGUCACAACUGUAGCCCGCAGGAAGGGCUGAAGAGCUCGAAUGGUAACUGUAUUCAGGAAUCCAAGGGUCAGUCACCUGGAGGAAACCGGCCCUCAGAAACACUUAAGCUACCACUCUCAUACCAAGCUGAGUCUCAUCCUGCAAGCCGUAGCCCCAAGUCGUGGGCCAAGAGCCCCACCUCCUCUUCUCUGCCUGGUGUUUUCAAUACCUCCUACCCGGCCACGAACAGCCUCCAGAGCAUGUCUCCGGUCUUAUCCCCAUCGUCUUCCAACUUUCCCAGUCCUCAGCUGAAUCAUCGCAUUCUGUUGUUGCCAGAGGAAGAUGAAAACAGGGGAAGGGAGGGUCCUAACUGGUCCCCUGGAGCUGCUUCUCCGUGGCCAGACGCUGGAAAUGAGCCCAAGGUCACCACGGAAGUCAUUGACAAAAAUGGUAACAAAAGAACCAUCACAAGGCUGGACCUGAACCUUACCAGAUACGGAGGAGGAGGGAACUACAGGUGGAAUAGCCCCAGCACAUCCAAAUCCAUAACAUCAGAAGACUCCCCCUUGAGGCAGGAUGAUAUUUGGACACUGGAUGGAGAGGACUCCAUUUCCCAAGACCCCUUCUGUCAAGUCACCAGACCAGACCACUUGGACUUCCUGCGCAUCACCCCUCCAGAAGAUGACAUCAUUGGAGAUACUCCAAACCACUCUAAACUGGACAGCAUGUCCAAGGUUACUUCACCGACUGACAGCGAGGACCGGACUCCCGGGCGACUUCAGGCCGUCUGGCCCCCGCCAAGACCCAAGGAUGAGGAGGAGAAGGUGGGACUACGUUACACUGAAGCAGAGCACCAGGCAGCCCUGCUUCAGCUGAAGAGAGAAUGCAAAGAGCAGGUGGAGAAGCUGCAUGCGAAUUUUGAGCUGCAGGUUUUCCAGCUGAGGGGGGAGCAUGCAGUGUCUGUAUCUCGUCUGGAGGGGGUCAUCGCCAGGAUGCAGCGCGAGCGGAUCUCUGGCACAGGACAGGGGCACACAGAGUUUUGCGAUGCUUGCGUCUCUACAGAGGACGACAAUGGACCCAAGACCUUCCGCAACGUCUGCGUCCAGACGGAUCGCGAGACCUUUCUCAAAACGCCCGAGGGCGAGAACGCCCACACCGCCCAGAGCCCUGGUCAUGUGCCUAAAAAACUCAAUUUGGAGUCCAUUAACUUGAGCUUGGGGGGCAAGCCGGAAUCUUCCGCGGGACAGGGUGUGCCGCCUCCUCCACCUGCCCCUCCUCUCCCAGGCCAAUCAGGAGGACCUGUAGCCCCGCCCCCUCCCCCACCUCCUCCUCCUCCACCUCCUCCUCCUCCUCCACCACCUGGUAACGCAGGUCCACCACCGCCACCUCCGUUGCCAGGGUUUGGACCUGGUCCCCCGCCUCCUCCACCCUUUCCUGGAGCACCUCCUCCACCACCACCUCCUCCUGGCUUACCUGGUGCACCUCCGCCACCUCCGCCCGUACCCGGAUUUGGCCCUCCGCCUCCACCCAGCGGCCUUGGUUUUGGCUCAGCAGCUCCAAAGGCGCCGCGUAAAUCAGCGGUGGAGCCAGCGUGUCCUAUGAAACCUCUGUACUGGACCAGAAUUCAGAUCCAGGACGGCAACAACAACACCCUGUGGGGAUCUCUGGAAGAGCCAAAUAUCAAAAACACGAAAGAGUUCGAAGACCUGUUCUCAAAGGCCACUCUCCAGCCCAAGAAGAAACCCCUCUCGGACACUUACGAGAAGAAGGCCAAAACCAAGAAGAUUAUCAAGUUAUUGGAUGGGAAGCGUUCACAGGCAGUGGGCAUACUAAUAUCCAGCCUUCAUCUGGAGAUGAAAGACAUUCAGCAUGCUGUUUUGACUGUGGACAACUCUGUGGUGGACUUGGAGACGAUUGAAGCUUUAUAUGAAAAUAGAGCGCAGAGUGAUGAAUUGGAGAAGAUCAAAAAACACUUCGAAACCUCAAAGGAAGAUGAGGUCAAAUUACUGGACAAACCUGAACAGUUCCUGUACGAGCUCUCGCAGAUUCCGGACUUCGCUGGCCGAGCUCACUGUAUCAUAUUCCAGUCGGUCUUCCUGGACUGCAUCUCUUCUGUCCACGGCAAAGUGGAGAUCAUAGCGACCAUAUGUAAGGGUCUUUUGGAGCGUGACAGCGUUAAAAAAGUGAUGGGCCUGGUUCUGGCCUUUGGGAACUACAUGAACGGAGGGAACCGAACCAGAGGCCAGGCUGAUGGGUUCGGCCUGGAGAUUCUACCCAAGCUGAAGGAUGUGAAGAGCAGGGACAAUCGCAUCAGUUUGGUGGAUUACGUGGUGUCCUACUACCUGCGCUACAUGGAUGAGCACGCCGGGACGGACAAGAGCGUGUUUCCGUUGCUCGAGCCUCAGGACCUCUUCCUUGCUGCUCAGGUCAAGUUCGAAGACCUCGAAAAGGACCUCAGGAAGCUCCGGAAAGAUCUAAACGCGUGCGAGAAAGAAGUGCAGAAGGUGUGUGCCAACUCCCCAGAAGAGCACCUUCAGCCGUUCAAAGACAAGAUGGAAGCUUUCAUCUCAACCGCGCAAACGGAAUACGCGACGGAGGACGAGCGUCUGAAAGCAGCACAGAAAAGCUUCCAGGACAUUGUAAACUACUUUGGCCUCAAACCCAAGUCGGGCGAGAAAGAGGUGACACCCAACUACGUCUUCAUGCUCUGGUAUGAGUUUUGCAACGACUUCAAGAACACCUGGAAACGAGAGAGUAAAACCAUCUCUAAGGAGAGAUUAAAAGAAGCUCAGGAGAAUGUGCAAAAACUCACAGCCGAGAAGAGAGUGGAGACAAAAAAGAUCAACGCCAACAGUCUGAAAGAGAGGCUGCGACAGAAAGAGGCAAGCGUUUCCUCCAACUGA